GCAGAGAGGCCGACUCGAAUAUCUUGAGCUGUCGACACGAUAGACUACUGAGACAUACUCUGGAAACGAAUGACUGAUAGACACCCGCGAUGUCCGCACCCUUAUACCCUCAUAAACUCGAUUUGACAUACCCUUUGAAAUGGACGACGCACAACUCGUCGUCGAGGGAUUUACCCUUCUAUGGGGACCGUACCACUGAAACGCCGGAACAAUAUGUUGUUCGGACGUAUCUACAAUUUUUAUGGCUUCCCGAGUCGAUAAUGCCAUUGCAGUUGCUCAUACCCAGUCUUCUACGUGCCUCGGGCGAUUCGCCUUUUGGGAUCAACGAACAGCACCCACUACACGCGCUUUUGGAUCCUCUGCUUCUUACACCUCGAUCCUGCACGAAUAAGUAUCAUACUGAAGUUCCUCAGAUUUUGGCGGAUGAGGGUGGCGCAGGAGACAUUGAAGAGGGCACCAUGUGGUUUGCGUUAGGAUAUGAGAAAGGUGACGAGCAGGCUGAGCCUAUUGCUGGGGGCUCCAAGGAUCCGACGAAUGAUGCUGCCGAGCCUUGGAAGAAGAAGUGGCUGGAGCGAAUGGAAAGACGCGAAGUGCAGAUCCAGAUCCUCCUCCAUUUCCUUGUAUUGUCCCUCCCUGGCCCUCACCCUGCACCGACGACCUCUCCGAAGAAACGCAAGCGUGCGACGUCCGUCCAUGGCUCCCCUUCAAAAGCGGGGCCAGAAGAGCGCUCUGACAUACUCGAAGCUCGACUGGAGUCCUUCAUGGAUAAACUGUCAACCUGGCAGCUGGUCUCUUCGCUCGACCAAGACCAGGACGCCAAGGGUAAAGCUAAAGAGGCAAACCCCGAUGCGCUAGACUGGAUGCAGACGUUCUGUCGAGACAUCGUUGAACCUCGCUUCAAGACCGCGCUUCCCGAGCUGACUGAUCUCCUCCGCUCCAAACUCUUCCCAGACUCCCCAUUUUCUUCCUCGUCCCGCUCCACAUCUCCCGCGUCCCGUUCACCUUCUCCAUUCUCUUGGCCCACCAACCCUCGUAAACGAAGUAAGCAGGACCAUCGAGCGGGUAGCAAGGCUCCACAGGAACAGCGAGAAACCUCCCGCGCCCGAUCACUGUCCAUAUCACUCGCCGAAGACCGGAUGUCUGUGGUCCCCGGGCGGAAGAAGCUGUCUAGGGAGGUCAGCAUGAGUCGAGUCUUCAAGCCUAAACCAAAGCCUCUGCCGAGGGCGAACGAAGUGAAGAGCAAAGUCAAGCCUAAAGCAGACAAGACGAAGAGUAGUAAAAGCACCGGCUUAGGCGUCACGCUUGUUGCCGCCACCCCGGUGAAGAACCGGUCGCGGUAUGAGAAUGUACAGCAGAGGAGUCCGACACUGGGCAGCGCUGCUCCGCAGGAAGCAAAGCCUGAGGAAGACGACGACGAACUACUACUGGGAGGUGACCUGGACGACAGUGAAGAUAAUUGGGAUGUUGGGGAGAGUGUGUGGGUAGCCGAUACCCCGACGAAGAAGGUGAAGUAGUCGUCAGGAUAACGAUGCACUGUACAAAUAGUUCGGGAAGGCCGCUUUCCAUGGUACCAUUUAGCUAUCUAGACGAGUAUGGGAGGUCUUGUAAACUACUUAUAGGUCAAUUAUGCAGCAUAUGAGACAGAACUGGGCUGGGUCAAGUCGUCG